AAAAACAUUUAUGAAGAUAAUAACUAAAUUGUUUCAGCAUGGGAUAUUCGAAAAAAUACGUUAACGAAGUUCCCUGAAAACUCCCUUUCAUGUUGACUGAUGACAGGUCUCUCCAAGCAGGAACCAGUCAGAUGUUUUCCUUCUUUCUGCCCAGCACAGACUCCAGAGGAAUGGUAGCCGGUUAGCUCUUCAGGCAUCAGCUGUAGGAUUAACUUGUUAACGUUAUUUGGCUUUCGGUUGUUCCAGUAAAAUAAUGAAUUUACUACCGUCUAAUCCGCACGGGAAUGGGCUCCUUUAUGCUGGAUUUAACCAGGAUCAUGGAUGCUUUGCCUGUGGAAUGGAGAAUGGAUUCCGUGUGUACAACACAGAUCCCCUUAAAGAGAAGGAGAAACAAGAGUUCCUGGAGGGCGGGGUCGGCCAUGUGGAGAUGCUGUUCAGAUGUAACUAUUUAGCACUAGUGGGAGGAGGAAAGAAGCCAAAGUACCCAACCAACAAAGUGAUGAUCUGGGAUGACCUGAAGAAGAAGACAGUUAUUGAGAUUGAGUUCUCAACAGAAGUCAAAGCAGUGAAGCUUCGGCGUGACAGGAUUGUGGUGGUCCUGGAUUCAAUGAUCAAAGUCUUCACCUUUACCCACAACCCCCAUCAGCUGCAUGUGUUUGAGACCUGCUAUAACCCCAAAGGUCUUUGUGUGCUGUGUCCCAACAGCAACAACUCCCUGUUGGCAUUCCCUGGGACUCACUCAGGCCAUGUGCAGAUAGUGGAUCUGGCGAACACAGAGAAGCCCCCAGUUGAUAUCCCCGCUCAUGAGGGGGCACUGUGCUGCAUCGCUCUCAAUCUGCAGGGCACAAGAAUAGCUACUGCGUCAGAGAAAGGGACUCUUAUUAGAAUUUUCGACACAUCUGCAGGUCAGCUCAUACAGGAGCUAAGACGAGGCUCUCAGGCAGCUAACAUUUAUUGCAUUAAUUUCAACCAGGAUGCGUCCCUCAUCUGUGUGUCCAGUGACCAUGGUACAGUGCACAUCUUUGCUGCAGAAGACCCCAAAAGGAACAAACAGUCAAGUUUGGCAUCAGCCAGCUUUCUUCCCAAAUACUUCAGCUCCAAAUGGAGCUUCUCCAAGUUCCAGGUCCCCUCAGGCUCUCCCUGUGUGUGUGCCUUUGGAACAGAGCCCAACGCUGUCAUAGCCAUUUGUGCUGACGGCAGCUACUACAAGUUCCUGUUCAACCAGAAAGGGGAGUGUUCCAGAGAUGUGUACGCCCAGUUCCUGGAGAUGACAGAUGAGAAGAUAUGACCUUUGACCCUCUGGAGACUUGCUAUGAAACAGUCUUUUUUUUUUUCCUUUACUUUUUUUGUGUGUGUGAGGAGGAGCGGUCCCACGCUGCACUCCUCCUUAUCUUGAUGGACUCUGUCAAAGAGCAUCAGAUGAAGGGAGGACAAAGAAAGAGAAGCACAGGCUUUGGGGGAAACCCUCACAGCAAAGACGGACAGAUGGACGCACCAAUGGGAUGCAGACUUUUGUCUCAGACUCCUAAGGAUUGUCUUUGGACAGAGGGACACAGAUGCCGACUUGACUCCCAAACCAAACACUAGAAAAAAAGAGGGAAAGUUAUUUUUCUGAAAGGACAACACGCCGCUUUUUAAGACGUCUUCCGAGGAAUUUACAAAGGAUGGCUAUUUUUAAUCACAUAGAUGAUUCUGAUAGUUAGACGGAGUGAAAAUACUGAGAUUUUUGUCAACUAACACCACCUAACCUAACCGUAGGGAGUGCCUCGAGAGACUGGAGAGAAUCUGUAUGUGUGCACAUGUUAUUGUUGUCAUAUAUACAUAUGUGUUUGUGUAUAUACCAAUGUACCAUAUUAGGUGUUUGCAAAGCAGAAUCAGAACGAGGUCACAGACUCUGAUCCUGCAUUGUGAAGCAUCACCUUAGUAUUACUAGAUUUUCUUAUAGUCACUGUAUAAACACAACGCGCCAGACUGAACUUCUAACUACAUAGGAACUGUACAGAAUAGUAGCAGAAAAAAAAUUAACACGUAUUUUCAUUUCCUUUGUCCCUCCUUUUUUUCAUACAUUGUGCAAUAUGUUUUCCCAAAUUGCUUUUUGUUAAGAGCUUGUGAAAGUUGAGUUUGUUGUUUCUACCCGACCAAGAAAGCUUGAAGGAAUAGUUCAACAUUUACUGGGAAAUACAGUUAUUUGACCUCUUAUCCAAUUAGAUGAGAGACAAUAGUGUGUCAAUGUUGUCACCUAGAGGCCCAGAAAACACCAAACAGACUUCAGAGAACUAGCAGCAGUGAAAGCUUGACUGUUGCGUCGCCUCAUAUUGCCUGUGUCCCAGCCAAAAACUUGCACUUGAACCCGCUGCAUUGACGUAAGCCGAUGGUCAGCUAGCACGCACAUUCUGCACCUGCGUGAGAGGAAAUAACUCUCCACACCAGCAGAUUACAGUAGUUUAUAAUCGUCAUUCAAAAAGGGAAACCAGAAGAUAGCCUAGUUAGCCAGUUAGCACAUCAACAACACAAUCCAAUGUUUAAAGAACAGAGCAUAUUUACCGUGCGCCAGUGAACAGUAACACAUACCAUCAUGAAAUCUUUCUGCUGAAGAGCUCAGUGGCUUAUGAAAAAUAAUCUUAUCUUACCGUAACAUGUUUUUGAUCUCACUCACUCUUGACUUUAGCUUUCUGUUUACUUUGCUCAUUUCCAUUUCUCUUCUCGUGCGCUGAGCUGCACUGCCAGAGUGAUUUCAUUCACCAUUGGGCUCUGCCACUGGCCCAAGAAGCGGCGAACUGGGGUGUGAGAAGCUCAAGGCUUGGUGUGUCAGGGCCUUAACACUCAGCAAGAAAGCAAAUACGUGUAUUUCCCAAAAUGCUGACUUAUUUCUUUAAGAGUUUGUGGAAGUGUUUGUUUUUCGUACCUGAACGAGAAUGCUUAAGAGACAAACACACAUGCAUGGUUUCCAUCUCACAUCACAAAAACCUAAUCAAUCCAAUGAGACUGAUUUCUUCUAUUAAACAGCCCUGAUCAACUGUAAAAAUAUGAAUAUUUUUAACUUGGCUCAAGAUCGCACUUGAUGUUUAUUUUUAAUAUUAAACCAGAAGUCUCCUGAAGGAUGAUUUGUUGCUCCACAUACUUCUCAUUUGUCAGCGUGGCUCUCGGUCACAGCUGUAUGGUACCUUUUUAUUUAAAUCCUGACACUUGUCCUUCUUGUGUCGAUGUAUCUGUAAACCCUAACAGCAUUGAUAAACCCAGCUAAUGCUAAUCAGGGACUCUGAAGUGCUUUGUUGAAGCCCAUGGCCAUAAACAGGAGAUCUGUUCAGUGCAGAUCCACCACAGUGAAACUGUGUUAAUGUGUAAUUUAAUAUCACUUUUUUUUUCACAUCAUGUUGAUUGACAGCAUUUUUGUUGAUUCAGUGCAAAAACAUGUUUCAUUUGUGUUGCUUUCUGCAUCAGAUUGUACAAUUGCAGGUGUCACUCUGUUGAACAUACACAGCGCUUGGCAGUCACUGACCACACGAGGGAUGCUGCACAAACUGAAAAGCCAACUUGUGUGUGACAUACUCAGAAUGAUUGUAAAACCUGCAUUUGAAUUUGUGAAUAAAAUUUAACAUCUGCUUUUACA